CCCCCCUCUGCCUAGGGGACAUGGGCCUCCCUGCCAUCUGUCCGGGCAGGUCCCGCCGGCUCCUGUGACCAGUGCCUGGGGCUGGCCAGCAGGGUCGGCUCCGUCCUCGCCCUUUGCCCUCCUUGGAGCGGAAGCUUCCUUGCUUGCCUCGGGGGGGUCCCUGGCUUUGCCUCCAGCCCCUGCUGACCCACCCCAGGGAAUGCCGGCUCGGGGCCGCUCCGGGACCGUGUUUCCCCCAGGAUGCCCAGGACCAUGACUCUGGCCGAGCAGACCAGCCCCGGCCCCCCCGCUGCGUCCCCCUCCCCUGCUCAGAGCCAGGGCACGCCUGGAUUCCCCCCCGAUGUCUGGGACAAGACCCCCCUGCCCCGGUGGCUGCUGGUCACCAUCCUCGGGGGGGCUGCCUUCCUGCUGGUCUCCUGUCUGCUUUGCGCCCUCUGCUGCUGGUGCCGGCGGCGGCGAAGGAAGAAGGGGACAAAGAAGGAGACGGUGGGCCUGGCCACGGCCUCCAGCGCCACCAGCGCCCACCUGGUGCAGCCCGAGCUGGACGACGUGGCGCUGGGGCUGGAGGAGCCCAGGAGGGGGCGGCUGCAGGUCUCCCUAGAAUACAACUUCCGGAGCCAGGAGCUGAGAGUCGGCCUGAAGCAGGCAGCCGAUCUGAGGGCCCUGCAGGCCACGGGCCUGGCCGACCCCUACGCCAGGAUCUACCUGAGGUCGGACCCCCGCAGGGUCCACGAGACCAAGGUGCAUCGGCAGACGCUCAGCCCCGUCUUCAAUGAGAGCUGCGUCUUCCAGGUACCCCAGGCGGAGCUCCCCGAGGCCCUGCUGGUGAUCCAGGUGCUAGAUUUCCACCGCUUCUCCUGCCAGCCCCCCCUUGGGGAGCUGCUGAUCCCCCUGGGCACGAGCGACCUUCAGCACGUCCUGGAGCAGUGGUAUGAGCUGGGGCCGUCCGGCGGGGCCCAGCAGGAGCAGAACGGAGAGCUUUGCUUCUCCCUCCGCUACGUGCCCAGCACCGGGAGGCUGACGGUGGUGAUCCUGGAGGCUCGAGGCCUGCAGCAGGGGCUGUCAGAUUCCUAUGUGAAGGUUCAGCUCCUCCUGAACGGGAAGAAAUGGAAGAAGAAGAAAACCGCGGUGAAAAGCAGCUCGGGCAGCCCCUACUUUAACGAAGCCUUCGUCUUCCCGGUGCCCUUCAGUCAGAUCCAGGACGUGGACCUGCUGGUGUCCGUGUGGGGCCGCGGCCGCGCGUCCAGGGCCCGGCCCCUGGGGAGGCUCCUGCUGGGCGGCCGAGCCGCGGGGCAGCAGCUGCGCCACUGGUCGGACAUGCUGGCCCACGCCCGGCGGCCCGUGGCCCAGUGGCACAGACUGCGGCCCCCCGAGGAGGUGGCGCGGGCCCUGCCGCGGAAAAGGGGCCCGCGGCCCCCUCGGCCCGGCCCCGGAGGCCCCGUGGAGACCCUCCCCCAAUAAACACGCAGUGCUGAGCCGCGGCCUGCUGGGCUGUCCCGACUCUUGGUUCUCGCCCAGUCAGCGCUUCCCCGAGGCCGGGACAGGCGGGAGCCUCCGGGGGGCUGCGGGCGCCGCUGGGGA